GCCGCCGCCGCCGAUGCCGUCUGCUUCGCUUUCCCGCAGCGCUUUUACUUCGGUUGAAGAAGCCGCCCAUGGCAGUGUAGCCGGUAUAUAGCUCUGCUAAGGAGUGAAUUAUUCCUUCUUUGGUAGUGCUGAGUGACGCAAACAACACCGAAUAUAAGGAUACUAUCGCUGCGGCUGUUGACAGUUUUGCAGCACUUGAACUCCUCCGUCGGAGCCAAGUUCGCGAUGUGAUCCUUGCAGUGCGUGUCGUCUGCACGAAGCGGCAAUGCUUCGCGGACCAACCUUGGCAUCUUGCCGGCGGUCUGUCCUUGCCGCAUCUCUCCUGCCCGUAAUACUUUUGGGCAGCGUCUUGCCUGCCGUGGACGGGGCAACAUGCGACGCUGCUCACGCGGAAGCUCCGCUUGUCCUCAACUCCGAUGCGGACGUCUUCCUGGGGGCCUUCUUGGAGGUGCACGACAAGUCUCCCAGGUCACUCAUGGGUUGCGGACGCCCACUGGCAGCCGGUGUAGAAACUGUAGAAGUCUUCAAGUGGGCGCUUGACCUGCUGAAUAGAGGGGAAGGAUUCAUACCAGGAAUAAAGAUAGGAGUGAAGGUCUAUGACUCAUGCGGACAUAAAGCCAAGGCCUACCAUCAGCUCAGUGGUCUGCUCCCUGUACUGCAGGAAGGUAUACCACAGUCCUGCGUGGGGAAUAGUAGCAACAUCAUUGGAACACUCCUCUCGAACGUGUUACAUCGGGAGGAAGAAAUUGCGCGUGUUUUAAGGGAACACCACAUUCCCAACAUCCCACUUGGGGACGAUGUUGUUGCGGCGCCGGAGCUUGUUGCCAAGGUUAUCCUAAACUCCGCGUACGAUAUGAGGUGGGAACGCCUCGUCAUCUUCCACUCGUCAGACGAGCACAGCCUCGCCGUGGUCAAGUACAUCACACAGCGUGUGGUUUCGUCCGAUAAGCCGUGCAUCCUCAAAAUGAAGACCAUUCCUCACCAAGGCGACUCCGUGUCUGCAGAAGUCGUUAAAACUGAGCUCGAAUCGCUCGUGUCGGAUCUGGAAGACGAUUCGGCCGUCGUAGUCAUCGGUGAUUCGCCGUGGACGAAAGCUGUCGUGGAUGCCAUGGCAGGAAUUGUGACUUCGGCGGCACAACACCAGUGGUUGUUCUCGUGGAUACCCGACGCCGAGGCCCUGGCAGGGAUUGGCGCGCUGCUGAGCACGGGAAGUGGCGUUUACACCCUCGCGCCUUAUCCCCCAUCUGUGCAAUCCUUUGAAGAAUACUGGGCAACUCUUGUGGAUGUGAGUACGACGUCGAGGCUGGAAGACCGUUCGUACCUGGAACUGGUUUCCGACAGGGGACUUUGCAGAAUUGCUGGUGUCAAGUCUCAAUAUGGCAACAGCGCUCCCUGCCCAAGCUUCUCUCUGCACGAAUUCCGCGUCAGUCCACUGGUCCGAACAUCCCACGUGCUUCCAGCGAUACGUGGGUUGCUCACCAUGGUCCAUGCAUACAAAUCCGCUUGGACGGUUCUGUGCAACGGACGGAAGGGAUUGUGCCCCGUUCUUCGGUACUUGCCCAGGGCUCAGUUCGUGCAAGGAUUUCUGGAGCCCGCCGAAACUUUCAACACCUCGUUGAUGACGGGAAGAAGAGCGAGGAUUUCGGACGACCUGCUCUCUGACCUGGGUGUCUCGCAUCUUGCGCUCACACGCCUUGUGAACGAUGCCACAGGAGGACCCGAUUUCAAGCAGAUUAUAAUGUACGACGGUUCUGGAGCGACACUUCUUGACAGAGAUGUCACUAUCCUGCCCGUUCUCUGCUCUUCGCACAAGUGCGACUCUUGCAUCAGGUUUCGGUCAUCCCGUCUCGAGGACUCGAGCACACCAUCAGGGCCCUCUCCAAGUGUACGCAACUUCCUUAUUGGCAAUCCUAAGGAUGUAAUCCUACCUAUUCUACUCCCACUCCAUAACGAAGGAAGGGAACCUUACACCUGUGGCACCGUGGUCAACAGAGAUGCCGUACAAGAUCUCGAAGCGGCGCUGUGGAUGGUGGAUCGGAUCAAUUCUGACGGCUACAUCCUUCCUGGAGGAAGACUUGGACUGCAAGUCAUUGACACGUGUAGCUCCUCGCGUAUGCUUACAAAGGAAGUUUCAGCCAUCUUGGAACCGCUUCAUGGCACUCCUACAGUUUUCAUAUCAACCGCAUCCAGAGAGGAAUCGUUAGCAGCGGCUGCAAUCCUAUCGCAACUGAACAUCACGCUCUUGUCAACCAAAGACAUUUCAUCAUCGCUGUCACCCAGUAGUUUUCACUACCAAAUCACGCCGCCAGUUGAAUACGUUGUCGAAGCAAUGGCUCAGUAUCUUUACUACCUCGAUUGGAGGUACGUUUCAGUGCUUGCCAGUGAGUCUGAACAGAGAGCGUUAGAUUCGUUCAAAAAGCAGGCCCAUGGGAAAGGUGUAUGUCUUGCGCACGAAGAAACUCUGACCUCGCAGACUGACGUAGAUUCUUUGAUUAUCAAGCUGAAGGAACUGUCCAGCACUGGUUCCCGCGGUGUUGUCUUGUGGACAACUGAGGAGGACACGCUGAAGUUGCUAAAGGCAAUGAAAAGAGCAAAGCAAAGUGGUAAACUUAGACCCGCGGACAUCAUACUGCUCCAUGGUAGUCUCGAGCCUUUAGAUUUUGAAGACUAUGAGGAUGAGCUGUUGGGUGCCGUAUUGCUACAACCAAAGUAUGGCAAAGUUCCCGACUUUGCGGCCUAUUUUGAACGACUAAAGCCGUGGGAAAACAAGCGCGACAAGGUAUUCAGCGAAGUGUGGGACGAGUACAAGGAGUGUUCCAACGACUGCACGGUGAAGUUUGUUCCGAACCACUCGGUUGUGGACUCCAUGCAGGCGGUGCUGUCUGCAGCUACGGCCAUCAGGAAUCUCCGCAUUGAGGUAUGCGGAGAUUAUGUUGAGGACUACGAGGCUUGUUCUGAAAUGUUGAAGAUGAGAAGGGAUUCCAUGGUUGCCUUGGAGCGCCACGUUGGGCUGUCUACCACAUUACGAGUUGGAGACAAACAAGACACCUUCACGUUCACCAAAGACAGGCACGGCAACACCAGUGUGCAGCUGCUGAACGUUAGGAGGUCGGAAACGCGGAUCACUCUGCAAAAGGUUGGAAGCUUCCACAAGGGCCAUGUGACAGUGGCAGUCCCUGCCGUAACGCACGGUCAUCACGGAGAAGAAAUUCCCAUCAGUGAGCUCCGUUCCGAGUGCACUGCAUUGUGUAGCCACUGCCAGUACCGGCCGCUUGACUUUUUACUCAUUCCAUCACCCGACAACAUGUACCUUGCGGCCACUUUUCCGGUUCAUAAGCACGGUGAAACGUCCCCGUUCAUCUGCAGUGAAACUGUUUCGGACGAUGGCCUCUUGUACAUCGAAUCCUUCCUCUGGGCAUUAGACCAAAUCAACAGGAGCCCCUCUGUCCUCCCCAGCGUGAAGUUGGGUGCGAUCGUCUUCGACACAUGCGGAAGCCGCGAGAAGACCUACCGUGACGUGUCCAACUUUGUUAGCGAAUCCUUAACAUCGCUCAAAUCGCACGUGAAGUUGCCUCCCAUGAAGCAGGUCUACGGCUUCGUGUCUGGGGGGCAAACGGCAACGGUGGAACCCGUCGCUGAUAUCAUGUCCGCAUUUGACGUCCCAACUCUCGUUCCUAGGGACCAGUCGUCUACUCUGGGAAGGUAUUCGAACGUGCUGCAAGUGUCCCUACCAAACGAUGUCGUAGCGGGUGCAGUGUUCGAGACGCUGAAAUAUUUCAAGUGGAGCUACGUGUCCAUUGUGUACGAUGAAGAGCACAGAGAUACGUACGAGCAGCUGAAGCAUAAGGUUGAACAAAGGGAGUCGGAUGUUAGAUUCAGCAUAGCAGUCAGAGCGGAAAAGCCUUCCAAUCAUGCAGCCUAUGCCAGAGCCUUGGGACAACUCAUUCGAAAGAAGAAAGAUGGAGCAAGGGUUGUGGUUCUGCUGCUGAACGACAGGCAUGCAGAGGCCCUCUUUGCGCAAGCCAACCAAACGCCGUCUUGGGGCCUCACCUUCGUAGCUGUCGGGCUUGUCGAUGUCCUGUAUCAUUACCCGACCCAAACGACAAGUUCCAUCUCCAUCGUUCUGUCGUCCAGCGGAGUUCCAGAAUUCAAGGAACACAUGCAGUCCCUGAACUACCGCAACAAUGUUCGCAACCCGUGGUUCAGGUCCUACCUGGAGCAGAAAACUGGAUGCCACGGAGCUGAUUCUUGUCUGAAGGUCCCUCCCACACAUAUCACUGCAGACACCGUCUCUGUGCCGUCCACUGUGACAUCCGUGUAUGCACUUGCUAGUGGUAUUGACCAAGCCAGGCGGGUGGCAUGCCGUGGAACUCACUGCCCAGAUGCUGAUGAACUCAGGGAACAAGUUCUCAACCUCACCAGGAGUGUUCAUAUCACAAGAUACGACAAGAGCGUGUUUGCAUUUGAAGGGAACCACGGGAAUGGAAAGUUGGAUGUGGUCUAUGUACAAGACGGCAUUGAAUCAAAUAUGGCAACGUUACCUAUUGGCUUCUACACCAAGAAACACGGGCUACACAUCAAUACGAGCAUUCCAGCAGACACAUUUCACCAGAAACUGUACAGCGUAAAGUCCACCUGCGUGUCUGGCCCCGAUUGUAUACCAUCAACCGAUGAUCAAGCUCCUGUACCAGAUGAUUCGUCCGUGCAAAUCAUGUCUUCUAAUGACCCAGCGUUCACAAUCGGCGCCAUGCUUCCGGUGCACAAGCGUGGGAAAGAUAUGUUUACGUGCGGCAACUUUGAAGAUAAUGCCACGUUCCAGAAGCUAGCAGCCCUUGCCUACGCCGUGAACGAAGUAAAUUCCAACUCUACUUUCCCAGCGUUGCAGGUCAACGCCAUUGUCUUCGACUACUGUGGCACCAAGCAAAGGGCAGAAGAAAAACUCUAUCAUUAUUUCUCAUCUCCAAAUGCCAUGUCGCUUGGCAUGCCAAAAUCCAUGGUGUCGAUGCUGACGUUUGACAGAGAGGUCGCCACAGAAAUUGAGCCGAUCCUAAAGAGCAGCGACAUUCCUGUCGUGCUUACCGCGACCAAGACCAAAUUUGGAGACACGUCGUUGGACGUAAAACUGCAAACUAUGCCACCGGUAAACUGGCAGGUCACUGCCCUUUUGGGAUUGCUCAAACAUUAUGACUGGACACACGUUUAUGUGCUGUACACCUCCGAUGAUUUCGGAAGCGAUGCUUAUUUCGAAGUGACCAAGUUACUGGACCGUACUGGCAUCUGCAUAGCGGGCGCUGAAACGAUUGGCAUGGAUGCUAGUGACGACGAUGUUCUCCAUUCUGUGAUGAAACUGAUUGAUGCCGAUGUUAAGGUGACACUAGUGCUGGCCGAAGAUAAGGCUAGCGUGGAGAAAAUAAUGAGGGCUGCGAGGAAGGCAUCCUUCUUGGAACGAUUUGUCUGGGUUGGGGCGGAAGGCUUCGGCGAAAACGCUGCGCUACUCGAGGUCAUCGAGGGCGCUGAUGUGGAUGUGUUUGCCCUGAAGUUAGAGAACAAAAAAUUGCACAGUUUCAUGGACUUUGUGUCUCAACUGACACUUGGCAGGCACGACCCAAUCCCCGAUGCAUGGUUUGAAGAGUUCUGGCAAAACAGAUUCCGCUGCUAUUUGCCGAACAGUGAUUUUGUGCAAACGCGCUUUGACACUGCGUGCACAGGGACAGAGAGGCUCAGCGACAUGGUGCAAGAUAGAUACGCCUAUCACACUGUUGAGACGGUGAAGAUGAUAGCAUCGGCACUGAAGAGUCACAUCAGCAGAAACUGUCCGCACGACGCAGCAUUAUUAAGCAACGUAGAAGGCUGCGGAGGCGAAGGAGCAAGGAGCAAGUUGAAGCACGAGAUAAGCAUGGCGUUGCUCAACAUCGACACUGAAGGAUGUACAGAAUGUCAACCUUCUCGUCUGACCACAUUUGGGUACCAGUUGCUCAAGCUGAACGGGACCAAUGCCAGAAGCUACAUCUACGAAAAGGUGGGGUACUUCAAGAACGGCAAAAUGCGCCUCGACGAAGAAGCCAUCGAAUUCACAACCGGUGUUGCGCCGAUGUCCACCUGCACGCGUGACUGUGAAGAACGAUGUCCGAGAGCCACGAGCGCAGCUACGGGCCAGAACUACUUCCGUCAGCAUCGCGAAUCGCUGACGGCAAACUUCAAAACUGUUUGGGGCAUCGUAGUGACUGCACUGUCCCUGCUCGGCAUCAUCCUGGUUGUGAUCUGCGCUCUUUACUUCCUCAUGGCUUUCCCAGUCGCCGUUGGCACAACCAUAUUGGGAUACAUGAUCCUGUUUGGUCUGCUAGCGUUGUACGCCGUCAACUUUGCCUUCCUGGUGGGCGCGACGGAGACGAGCUGCGGCAUUCGUCGGUUCCUCAUGGGUCUGGCCUACUCCAUCAUAUUCUCUGGCAUGCUGGUUAAAGUACUCAACACGUGGCGGCUCAUGGGCUACCACGGUAACAGCAGGAUGCACCAUGAUGGAACGCAGCUGUCCAGCCCCACCGGUCUGCUCUUGAUCGCUUGUGGACUGGUCGUUAUUCAAGUGGUCCUCACGACUGCGUGGCUCAUUCUCAUGCCCCCGAGGAUUGGCUUCUACGAGCACGUCUGGCGCUGCGCUCCUCCGGCGUCGUUUGAAGAUGAAUUAGUAGUGUCCAUGGUAUACGUGAUGUUGCUGCUUGCAGUGACCAUACUGUUCUCUGUGCUGACAGCCCCGUGCAGGGAAAACAAUGGGGAAUCGAGGUGGAUCUUAGCAUGUUGCAUCUUCGUCUCAAUAGCUUGGCUCGUCUGGACUGUGCUAAGUACUCAGCUGCCCUUGCAGUACAGGGACGCGACCAUAGCAGUGGCCAACCUUGUCUGCGCAACAUUGGUCAUGCUGUGUUUGUACUUGAGGAAAGUGUACCUCUACAACAAGCUGUCCAGGCAAGCGAGGGACCAGGAGAUGAAGGCGAAGCUGCAGCCUAGGGUACAGUACCCGCAGUCGGUCUACGGGACAUUGCACAAGGGAACACCAGUAGUGCCCGUUUUCUACGGAUCACAAGCAUCCUUGACGAGCAAGAAGCUCAAUGGCCAAUUCUCCCGUCUCUCCAUGGAUGAUGUGGCUUCGGAUGGCUCUGGAUCCGUCCAAGUUCAGGGAACAGACCUCUACCCAUUGGAAAUGUAUGAUGGUGGCAGCCAAUUUCAGCCGCCGAGCUCGCUCUAUGGGAGCAUGAUGAUGUUGGAUGACAAUGUUGCAUAUGCCAGGUGAAACAGCCAAUUCUGCAAUCCAUUGAUGACAGUAGCAUGCUGCUGGGCAGGACCCAUUUCAAGGGGUGCGAGACUCGAGACAUCUUGCCAACCCCUAGGAUGUAACAGUGUUGCAGCACCUAUAGGUGAAGUCCUGCUGGUGAAGUAGGUGCUGUCCUACUGGUGAAGAAGAGGAGCACUUUAAGAGUCGAAGGCAAGUGCACACAAGGAGAGUGCACGCAAUCAACUCAUCUGGCAUGUUGUGCCGUGAUAGAUAUUUAUGUUGCUCCUGUAUAACGAGACAAGGACGUCUGGUCAUUGCUGGUUCAAAGGCCUGAAACAUUCCAUUAAUAAGACUGCAUGCUCAACUUCAACAUUAGUGAACCUAACCAACUCGUGACGACAGUAUUAUCUUGAGUAGGACCUCGGUAGGACUUCUCACACAUCCCAUGGUGCCUUCAUGAUUAUAUUUUUCUCUAAUAGGCAGGAUCGUGACCUAUUACGGACUAGGUCAGAGACAAGACAUUCUAACAUUGUGUAAAAAAAUUUAUAUGAAAUAAACCAAUUUUUUAUAA